AUGCUGCUCCAGCCUGCGGCGUGCGCCCCGAGCGCGGGCUGGGCGCGGCCCCUGGCUGCCCGCGGCGCCAUGCACGGCUCGCAGAAGGACACCACGUUCACCAAGAUCUUCGUGGGGGGCCUGCCCUACCACACCACCGACGCCUCGCUCAGAAAGUACUUCGAGGGCUUCGGGGACAUCGAGGAAGCUGUGGUCAUCACGGACCGCCAGACGGGCAAGUCCCGCGGCUACGGCUUCGUGACCAUGACAGACAGGCCAGCUGCUGAGCGGGCUUGCAAAGACCCCAACCCCAUCAUUGACGGCCGCAAGGCUAACGUCAACCUGGCAUACCUGGGAGCCAAGCCUCGGAGCCUGCAGCCAGGCUUUGCCGUGGGCGUGCCACAGUUCCACCCCGCCCUGAUCCAGCGGACGUACGGGCUGAUGCCCCACUACAUCUACCCGCCGGCCAUCCUGCAGCCCAGCGUGGUGGUCCCAGCGCCCGUCCCCUCGCUGCCCUCGCCGUACAUCGAGUACACACCGGCCAGCCCUACCUACACCCCAUACCCACCGGCCCCCUACGACCCGUUCUCAACCUCGCCCGCUGCCACCACCACCACCAGCUUCGUGGGCUACAGCUACCCGGCAGCUGUGCCCCAGGCCCUGUCGGCCGCGACCCCUGCAGGCACCACCUAUGUGCAAUACCAGCCACAGCUACAGUCCGACCGGCUGCAGUGAGGGUGCCCGGGGCGUCCUAGCCCCUGUGCUCCCCGAGAACCCAGGGGAGCCCCAAGAGACUUUCUCCUGCUCCGUGACACAUCGGGUCGCAGGAAAGGAUUUAGGAAAGACUGAAGUUAUUUAAGGAUAUACCCCCGACUCCUCCCCCACCUGGCUUCUUUCCCAGCCCUCAGCCUGCCCCCUCCGCACACUGACACCCACACGUUUCCAUCUCUUCCCCCACUGGGGCCGCCAGACCUUCCCAGAUCCGUGCACAGAGGUGCCUUACUCCCCGGAAGCCUUAAGAGAGGCUGGCUGGUGAUGGACGCACAAGCUGAGAGCUGAGGGUCCGCAGCACACCCUUCUCCACGGACCAUGCCCAGACUACCCUGGGCCCGAGGACCACUGGCUUCGGGGUACCAGCCGGAAGCCUUUUCAGUCGAAGCACUGCAGUUUUGUUUUGUUCUUUGCCAUGAUUUUGCUAUGAAGGCGAUUUCAAAUGUUCGGUCUAGUUUUUAAACGGAGACUCCUAGUCACCAUGGAUCCAAAACCUAUUGAUGCCGAGGGUCCCACUGGUUGCUGGCCUCGCCCCAGAAGACAGCAAACAGAUUUCGGCAUGACAAAGUACCUGCUGGCUGGAGCCCCUGGGGCGGGGAGCCCCACCAAGGAGGUUCCCAUAUGUCCCCAAUGCCCCAGCUGUCCUGCCUGGUGACGCCAGCUUCGGCGUGAGCUCUGUGUGUCCUCCCCGGCAGGUAGGCACUGUCUCCGAGUCCUCCUGGUACUUGCCCCCCAGCCGCCGGCUCCCGGCACGUGGGGAAGCAGAAGGAAGCGGGGUGGGGACCCUCCUGAGGGUCUGACCUGGCUGACUCCUGGCAGGAGGGUGGGGGUCCUCGCCGUUUACCGGGUGUUCGCAGUAAGAGCUGUGGCAGGACGACCCCGCUGUGUGGGCAGGCCAGACGCUCCACCAGCAGC